AUCUUUUUCAUCUUUCCCCACGACUGCAUCCCUUCUCCCUCCAACCCCAGAGGAACUGCAUAGAUUGUCUACUGAUACUUCGAGCUGUGUUAUUGAUCUCUUUGUAUUUCUCGCAAUCCAUGGACGACAUCCGAAUCUAUUAGCCCAUCCUCAAUCCUGUAGUCCGAUUACGGACCCCCAACGCACAUCCCGAUCGAGUUUUAUACCUGUCGGCCAGGUGCAGCCACUCUGAUUGCCUCACUGGCCUUACAUUCGAAGAUUGAACUUCCCUCACACUCAGAACCAUCCGCCGCCCAUGUCAUCAAAUCCUAGCCCUGUCGCCUCGCCAACAACCAGUCUGGCGGAGCGCCCAUCCUCACAGAAAAUGGCCAAGGCCGGCACAGAGAGCGGGGUGCCCCCUCCCUCUACGAGCUCGAAGCGCGAUUACAAGGGAUUUGUUGCGGGCGUGUUCUCCGGGAUCGCAAAAUUAACAGUUGGACAUCCGUUCGAUACGGUCAAAGUACGCCUACAAACCAGCCAUGACUCACACUUCCGCGGUCCGGUCGAUUGUGUACUACAGACGGUGCGCAAGGAGGGAGUAAGCGGGUUAUACAAAGGAGCCACGCCGCCGCUGGUCGGAUGGAUGGUCAUGGAUUCGGUUAUGCUGGGGUCGUUGACGUUAUACCGCCGCCUACUACUCGAGAAUGUCUUCUCGAAGCCACACAUACGCGCGAUGACACCGUUCAGCGGUCGCCAGACCGAUCCCACCACUCUCCCGAGUUUCGGCCACGGAAUCGCGGGCAUCAUGGCGGGGACGACGGUCAGCUUCAUCGCGGCGCCGGUGGAACACGUCAAAGCGCGACUGCAGAUUCAGUAUUCGGCGGACAAGACGAAGCGCAUGUACUCGGGCCCGAUUGACUGCGUGCGGAAAUUGCUUCGAACGCAUGGAAUCUCGGGACUUUAUCGCGGACUCUGCGCCACGAUCGUGUUCCGGGCGUUCUUUUUCUUCUGGUGGGGUUCUUACGAUGUUCUGACGCGGAUGUUGAAAGAGAAGACCAGUCUGUCGGCGCCCGCGAUCAAUUUCUGGGCGGGUGGAAUCUCGGCGCAGAUUUUCUGGCUGACUUCGUAUCCGUCGGACGUGGUGAAGCAACGGCUGAUGACGGACCCGAUGGGCGGGGCCCUUGGGGACGGGGAGCGAAAGUUCCGGCGGUGGAAAGAUGCGGCGGUCGCGGUGUAUCGCGAGCGAGGAUUGAAAGGAUACUGGAGGGGAUUUGUACCGUGUUUCUUGCGAGCAUUCCCGGCGAAUGCCAUGGCUCUGGUUGCAUUCGAGGGGGUGAUGCGGGAAGCAAUCCCUCGAAUACGAGAAAGGAACGACAAUCCCCCCUGCAACUCCCAUCGCAAGUUAAUCUUUCUUGCAGUUGAGCCGGGCUUGGCUACGAUGGCCGCGGCACGCCACAUGCGUCGCACUAGUCCCAUCACCUUGCUACUGGCGGCUUUGCUAGCCUUCGGCUUCCUGUGCUUCUUGCUCUCCCCAUCCCCUUCCGCCGCCGCUGCGGCCGCCGGUAACGCACCCCCCGACCUCGACUCCUCACAACUCCGCCGCGAAGACGCGGCCGAGCACCCACUGUCACCCCCGACGAAACCCUUCCUCAAAUCCCAGGCCGUCCGCGAGGAUGGCCACGCCGCGGCGCCGCCGGUGGAACACUACAACCUGAACGCGCUGACGAGCACCAGCGACGCCGCGCGGAAAGGCGAGCGGGUGCUCAUCCUGACGCCGCUGGCGCGGUUCUACCAGGAAUACUGGGACAACGUGGUGGCGCUGAGCUACCCGCACGAGCUGAUUUCGGUCGGGUUCAUCGUGCCCAAGACCAAGGACGGCAACGCGGCGGUCGCGGCGCUGGAGCACGCGAUCAGCGUCACCCAGAACGGGCCGGUGGCCGACCGGUUCGCCAGCGUCAGCAUCCUGCGGCAGGACUUCGAGCCGCCGCUGCAGUCGCAGGACGAGAAGGAGCGGCACAAGCUGGAGAACCAGAAGGCGCGCCGCGAGUCGAUGAGCCUGGCGCGCAACAGCCUGCUGUUCACGACGCUGGGGCCCGCCACCUCGUGGGUGCUGUGGCUGGACUCGGACAUCAUCGAGACGCCCCCCUCGCUCAUCCAGGAUCUGACGGGCCACGACCGCCCCGUCAUCGUGCCGAACUGCUUCCAGCGCUACUACAACAAGGACGCCAAGAAGAUGGACGUCCGGCCGUACGACUUCAACUCGUGGAUCGAUAGCGCCACGGCGCAGCAGUUGGCGGACACGAUGGGGCCCGACGAGAUCCUGCUCGAGGGCUACGCGGAGCUGCCCACCUACCGCAGUCUCAUGGCCUACUUGGCCAACAAGGACUACCCGCAACCGGGGCGGGAGAUCCGGCUGGAUGGCGUGGGCGGGACCGCGCUGAUGGUCAAGGCGGACGUGCACCGCGACGGGGCGAUGUUCCCGGCGUUUCCGUUCUAUCAUCUGGUAGAGACGGAGGGAUUCGCCAAGAUGGCGCAGCGGUUGGGGUACGAGGUGUUUGGGUUGCCGGAUUACUUCGUAUACCACUACAACGAGUGAUGCACCACCUAAAUGUGGGUGGAUGCGCUGUGCGCUUGUGUCUUAAUGAAUCGGCGUCGGCUGGCGUGUGGCCAGAGGUUUGAUUUCAUGUUCGUACUUGUACUUAUACCUAUAGAGCCGCCAAAGGAAAAAAAAAGAAGAUGAACAAUAAUUCAGAUUUCUC